UUAAAUAAUACAUAAAUAUCUGAAAACGGUUUCCUUGACUCUUAUCAAUGUAUGGUUUAAAAAGUAGGUUAUUAGUUAUAGUCACUCUUGACUCUUGAGUCUCCACAGGGAAAGAACUGGACUAAAAGGUUUCCUACACUCAAUUUUGAAGCUUGCACACCUCAAUUGGAAUUUGGAACCUAAAGGCUUGGUCUCUUAUUAGGUAGUUUGUGGUCUCUUCACUCUUAACUCGAGUCUUCACCAAAACACAGCACAAAUAAUGGGUUUGUUUUGUUUGUGGUGUAAUACAAGGCCAAGGGAAACAAAACAACCUUCAACCACCAUACAAGAACUUUGUCAUCAAUUUUCUUUUGCUGAGAUACAAUCAGCAACAUGUAACUUCAAUGAGUCUUUGGUAAUUGGACAAGAUGGAAUUGGCACUUUUUACAAAGGUUUUAUAGAGACAAGUUCUACCCAUGUUGCCAUCAAACACUGCAACAAGGAUUCUCUUGAUCUCGGGUUUAAGCAUGAGGCUGUUUUGCUUUGUCAGCUUCACCAUCCCAAUCUGAUUCCUCUAGUUGGAUUUUGCAUCGAAAGGAACGAGCUCAUUCUUGUGUAUGAGUACAUGUCCAAUGGCUCCCUUUAUGAUCACAUUCAUGGUAGAAACUUUAAUCCACUUUCAUGGAAGAGGAGGCUUCAAAUUUGCAUUGGGGUGGCGCGUUCACUGCACUAUCUUCAUACAGGAGCCAAAUAUGUUAUCAUUCAUCGUGAUGUUAAGACAAGUAACAUUCUUUUGGAUAGUAGUAUGGAGCCUAAAGUUUCUGGUUUAACAUUUUCCAAAAGGGGACCUCUUAGUAUCUCAAAGACAUUGACAAGGGUGGAGUCCAGGGUGCUGGGAACAUGGGGAUAUGCUGAUCCAGAAUAUGUGGCAACUGGUUUUUUGACCGAAAAAUCAGAUACAUAUUCAUUUGGAAUAGUUUUGUUAGAAGUUUUGAGUGCAAAGCUGGCACUAGACAUUCACAAGGAACACUUGGAAAACUGCAAUCAAUCACUCAAGUCAUAUGCAGAGGAAAUCGUUGAUCCUUUUCUUAAGUCAAAGAUUGCUCCAGAUUGUUUGAAAACAUUUUUUGACAUCACUGAGAGAUGUUUGCUCAAAGAGGGAAGGGAGAGGCCAGACAUGGGGGAAGUGGAACUCCAACUUGAACAUGCACUAAAAUCUCAAGAGGAAGCUGAUGCCAAGAUUUGAUAACUAAAGUUUUCUGAUGAUAGAAUAUGAUCUAAUAAUAACUAGGAUUUAUUUCAUGUUGGGUUUCAAAUGUACUGAAUAUGUAAUACUAGUUUGUAAUUUGAUUGCAAUUUGUAAUUCAAUUCAUACUAAGUUUAUAAAUC